CCGGUCACGUGGCCCCGCACCUCCCCGGCGCGCGCCCGCCAGCCCGCUCGCCCCCGGCUCCUCCUCCUGUUCUCGCCAUUGCAGUUGGACUCAGCAGCCCGGUGCGCACCGCGUGGCUUUUGGGGGGAGACCCCGGCGGGCUGUGGCAGGAGGGCGGUGGUGGCGGUUGCGGUCGGGGAAGGAGACGCUGACAAGAUAGUUGAAGUAUUGAUAACACCAAGGAAAUCUGUCACAAUUUGAAAGGAUAAGCAAAAAUUUGAUUUCCAGACACUACAGAAAAAGAAGUAAAAAUGCGCCCGAUGCGAAUUUUUGUGAAUGAUGAUCGCCACGUGAUGGCAAAGCAUUCUUCCGUUUACCCAACCCAAGAGGAACUGGAGGCAGUCCAGAACAUGGUGUCCCACACAGAGCGGGCCCUCAAAGCAGUGUCUGACUGGAUAGAUGAGCAGGAAAAAGGCACUGGCGAGCAUGCCGAGUCUGAGAACGUGGACGUAACCCCAGAGGAUGAGACCAAAGAAGGGGCCGGGGAUCCGAAGGCAGAGCACAUGACCAGAACCUUGCGGGGUGUGAUGCGUGUCGGCCUGGUGGCGAAGGGUCUGCUGCUGAAGGGUGACUUGGACCUGGAGCUGGUGCUGCUAUGCAAGGAGAAGCCUACAACUGCCCUCCUGGACAAAGUGGCUGACAACCUGGCCAUCCAGCUCGCUGCUGUUACAGAAGACAAGUACGAAAUACUCCAGUCUGUCAAUGACGCUGCAAUUGUGAUAAAAAACACAAAAGAACCUCCAUUGUCCCUGACCAUCCACCUGACAUCCCCCGUUGUCAGAGAAGAAAUGGAGAAAGUGUUAGCUGGAGAAACGCUAUCAGUCAACGAUCCCCCGGACGUUCUGGACAGGCAGAAAUGCCUUGCUGCCUUGGCGUCCCUCCGCCACGCCAAGUGGUUCCAGGCCAGAGCCAAUGGGCUGAAGUCAUGUGUCAUUGUCAUCCGGGUCCUAAGGGACCUGUGCACACGUGUGCCCACCUGGGGUCCCCUCAGAGGAUGGCCUCUUGAGCUUCUCUGUGAGAAGUCCAUCGGCACAGCCAACCGACCCAUGGGCGCCGGCGAGGCCCUGAGAAGAGUGCUGGAGUGCCUGGCCUCCGGCAUCGUGAUGCCAGAUGGUUCUGGCAUUUAUGACCCUUGUGAAAAAGAAGCCACUGAUGCCAUUGGGCAUCUAGACAGACAGCAACGGGAAGAUAUCACACAGAGUGCGCAGCACGCUCUGCGGCUUGCUGCGUUUGGCCAGCUCCAUAAGGUCUUGGGAAUGGAUCCUCUGCCUUCGAAGAUGCCCAAGAAACCAAAGAACGAGAACCCUGUGGACUAUACAGUGCAAAUCCCCCCGAGCACCACCUAUGCCAUCCCGCCCAUGAAACGCCCAAUGGAGGAGGAUGGGGAGGAAAAGUCUCCCAGCAAAAAGAAGAAGAAGAUUCAGAAGAAAGAGGAGAAGGCCGAGGCACCCCAAGCUAUGAAUGCCCUGAUGAGACUGAACCAGCUGAAGCCAGGGCUACAGUAUAAGCUGGUGUCCCAGACUGGGCCGGUCCACGCCCCCAUCUUCACCAUGUCUGUGGAGGUAGAUGGCAACUCAUUUGAGGCCUCUGGACCAUCCAAAAAGACUGCUAAGCUCCACGUGGCCGUUAAGGUGUUACAGGACAUGGGCUUGCCUACGGGCGCCGAAGGCAGAGACUCCAGUAAAGGGGAGGACUCGGCCGAAGAGACAGAAGCGAAGCCAGCCGUGGUGGCCCCCCCCCCCGUGGUGGAAGCUGUCUCGACCCCCAGUGCCACCUUCCCCUCAGAUCCCACUGCCGAGAACGUAAAACAGCAGGGGCCGAUCCUGACCAAGCAUGGCAAGAACCCCGUUAUGGAACUUAACGAGAAGAGACGUGGCCUCAAGUAUGAGCUCAUCUCAGAGACAGGGGGCAGCCACGACAAACGCUUCGUCAUGGAGGUGGAGGUGGACGGACAGAAGUUUCAAGGUGCUGGCUCAAACAAAAAGGUAGCGAAGGCGUAUGCUGCCCUUGCUGCUCUAGAAAAGCUCUUCCCUGAUGCCCCUCUUGCCCUUGAAGCCAACAAGAAGAAGAGAGCCCCCGUGCCUGUCCGAGGUGGACCGAAAUUUGCUGCUAAGCCUCACAACCCUGGGUUUGGCAUGGGAGGCCCCAUGCACAACGAGGUGCCCCCGCCCCCGAACCUUCGAGGGCGGGGCCGCGGAGGGAAUAUCCGCGGCCGAGGGAGAGGAAGAGGAUUUGGUGGCACCAACCAUGGCGGCUACAUGAAUGCUGGCGCGGGCUAUGGCAGCUACGGAUACGGAGGCAACUCAGCAACGGCCGGCUACAGUGACUUUUUCACAGACUGCUACGGCUAUCAUGAUUUUGGGUCUUCCUAGAGCAUCUAAAAGUAUUGCACACAAAAUCAACUUUUUACUCCACAAUUUUCUCCAACUCCAAAACCCAAAGUGUCCGUGCUGUGCCCCUGUGCUUCACUGGGUCUCUCCACCAUGGCUUGUCGCCGCAGCUUGUCUGAGACUCUUAGCCUGCAGAAUUUAAGACAUUGGCAGUUUUUAUCGUGAUUUGCCUUUGAACUUGGUCAUACUGAAGUUCACAAUAAGUGGAAAACAAUUUUCAGAGAAUGCAUUUUUGUGCAGAAUUGCACAGAAUUCUAGAGCCAGCGCUGGUCAGCAUCAAGGCAAAAGCCCACCUUUGCUUUUUAUGGAAAGCAUUACUUUAUUUAAGAGACAGAUACUGAUGCAUUUUAAUCUACCUUUGUCUUAAUUUACAGCAGGUUUUGUAUGAAUUUUUAACCUUUUAACAUAUUCCCAAAUCGUGUUGAUGCCUUUGACAGUAAUGAAACGAUUUCACCACAUCUGAAGCCAGAGCAACCUGCUUUUUUUCAUAAGCAUGUAAAACAUCUGGAACACUGGGAAUUGUGUAUUGUGCUAAGUUAACCUCUCCCGUCUUUUGUAAAUGCUCUGGUGGGUUCUUGUUUGGGAAUGUGAUGUUCUAUGGCUGGUUUAGCUAGAGGUGAACUCUCAAAGGUAUCAAAACUGUGCUUCCAUCAGUAGUGCCAGAAACAGACAGGCUUUGAGGGAGAGAGAGAACGCGGGAUUUUGCAAGUCCUCAUCACAGCUGCAAAUGCAUGGGAGUUUUGUUUUUGUUUUAAAUGGGGCUUUAAAAACGAGCAGAAAGAGCCUACUAUGUAGCCUGUGUAGCCCACCUCCCCUUUGAAGAGCCAGCCUCAUAGCUUGCUGCCAGCAAUGGUGGCUCUAGCAGGUUCCAAAAGGCCUGGAAGCUUCUGCCUUCUCUGACGGUGCAGAUUGAGUCUGUGGCUUCUCUCUGUGCAGAGGCCCACAGAGCUAUUUAGGCUCUUUACCGAGACCCCUGUCUCCUGAUGGGAGUCCGUGGGGACCCAUCUCAUGUCUGCCCUCAGCAGUUCAUUCUCUCUGCAGAGAAGCCUGCCUCUGUGUUGACUUGCAAGAUUUUGUGUUUCAUUCAGACAAAAACUGGUCAAAACAGUUACUGCAGAAUUUGUUUGCAGAGGUUUGAAACAUUCAGUGAAACUUUUUAAAACUUUGAUUGCAUGAUGUAUUUUUUUUUUUAGAAAGUUAUUGUUUGAGAAUAAUGUCUUUUUAUACCAGGAAAUAGUUAUCCUGAAAUGACAUUGAAAACUUCCCCUCCCCUUUAUUUUUUUUUAAUCAAUACAUGUGAAAGUAACAAGCCCUCA